UGCGCUCGGGCUCAGAGGCGGAGCGCUGGCGCGGAAGGCGGGGCUUGGGACGCUGUAGUGCACGCAGCUGGGGUCCAGGUGGGCCGGGCGCUUUUCCCAGGGACACGGCCCAGGAACCUGCUGGGGCCACUGUAUGUCUCUGCUGCUCACCAACCGCCCCAUCCUGAGCAGCCCCAUGCGUCUCGCUGUUUUUGGUGGUCGGCUCGGCUCGGGCGGUAGCGGUUGCUUGCUUGUCCCCUGGCCGCAGUGAGAAAUCGCAAGAAAGAGAGGCCUUGAGAGUUGGCGGCAAGGCCUAAGAAGAGAUCGUCCUCUAUUUGACAUCAAAACUGGCCAGUAAGUGCACAAGUGAUGAGCUGAGCUACCUAGAAACUACCCUUGGGAAGAUGGUCUGUGAAUGGAGCUUCUGUUCCAAGGCACCCAGAGGAUUAGGAAGGAGAUGCAGCUAGGAAGAGUCGCCUCUUUGAGGUCUCCCUCUUGCUGUUCAGUUUGGGAAAAAUACUGCAGAGCCUUCGAGAUAAACAGGAACAGGAGGAGUCAACCAAGCCCUUUCUUGCAGAAGCGUCUCAGGUGUUGCUCCAAUCACAGGGCAGCAGGCCCCACAGAGCUCAUCUCCUGUCCUGGGUGUAAGCGAGUAUACCUUACCAGGGAUGUAACUGAACAUUUUUUUGCUGCAGUGCUUUCCUUCUGAGCAAUCCAAGAUGGCCAGGAACUGCUCCGAGUGCAAGGAGAAGAGGGCGGCACACAUCCUCUGUACCUACUGCAACCGCUGGCUGUGCAGCUCCUGCACGGAGGAGCACCGGCACGGCCCUGCCCCUGGGGGCCCACUCUUUCCCCGGACCCAGAAGGGAUCUCCAGGAGUGAAUGGUGGUUCUGGAGACUUCGCCUUGUACUGUCCUCUACACACACAGGAAGUGCUCAAGCUAUUCUGCGAGACCUGUGAUGUGCUCACAUGCCAUAGCUGCCUCAUGGUGGAACACAAAGAGCACAGGUGUAGACAUCUUGAAGAAGUUUUGCAAAACCAGAGGAUGCUUCUGGAAAGUGUGACUACACAGGUGGCACAUAAGAAAUCUAGUCUACAGACAUCUGCAAAGCAAAUUGAGGACAGGAUUUUUGAGGUGAAGCAUCAGCACAGGAAGGUGGAAAACCAGAUCAAAAUGGCCAAGAUGGUUCUGAUGAACGAGCUGAACAAACAGGCCAGUGGGCUCAUAGAGGAGCUGGAGGGCAUUACUAAUGAAAGGAAGCGGAAGCUGGAGCAGCAGUUGCAGAGCAUCAUGGUUCUCAACCGUCAAUUUGAGCAUGUGCAGAAUUUCAUUAAUUGGGCUGUCUGCAGCAAAACCAGCAUCCCUUUCCUUUUCAGCAAAGAGCUGAUUGUGUUUCAGAUGCAGCGAUUGCUGGAGACCAAUUGUAACACAGACCCUGGUUCCCCUUGGAGUAUCAGAUUCACCUGGGAGCCUAACUUCUGGACCAAGCAGCUGGCUUCCCUUGGCUGUAUAACUACUGAGGGUGGACAACUGUCCCCGGCAGAUACUCCUGCGUAUGGAAGCUUACAGGGACCAUCAUCUUUUUAUCAAAGCCACCAGUCCCCAGGGGCUCAGCAGGAGACUCUCAGCCAUCCCUCACGCAAGUUCCAGCCUCCAGCACUGUGUUCCUCCUCUGUGUGCUGCUCCCACUGCUCCCCAGUCUUGCCCUCCCUCAAAGGCCAGGUCCCGCCGCCCAGCAUACACCCAGCCCACAGCUUUAGGCAGCCCUCCGAGACGGUGCCCCAACAGCUGAGGUCACUGCAGUGCUCCCCACUGCUGCCCAGGGAAAAAGAACUGCCCUGCCGUCCUCAUCCACCAAAGCUACUUCAACCCUGGCUGGAAACCCAGCCCCCUGCGGAGCAAGAGCGCACAUCCCAGCGGCUGGGGCAGCAGCUGACUUCCCAGCCCGUGUGCAUCGUGCCUCCGCAGGAUGUUCAGCAAGGAGCCCACGCCCCGCCCACCUUUCAGACACCGUCUGUCCAGGUGCAGUUGGGCCACCACCAGAAGCUGAAGCUCAGCCACUUUCAGCAGCAGCCGCCGCCUCCGCCCCAACAGCAGCCACCCCCACCUCUCCCUCCAUCCCAGCAUCUGGCUUCUAGUCAGCACGAGAGCCCUCCUGGGCCUGUCUGUUCCCAGAAUGUGGACAUAAUGCACCACAAGUUUGAGCUGGAGGAAAUGCAGAAGGACCUGGAGCUUCUCCUUCAGGCUCAACAGCCCAGCCUGCAGCUGAGUCAGGCCAAAUCGCCGCAGCAUCUUCAGCAAACCAUCGUGGGGCAGAUCAACUACAUUGUGAGGCAGCCAGCACCCGUCCAGUCCCAGAGCCAGGAGGACACAGUGCAGGCUACAGAUGAGUCCCCAGCAUCUGAAGGCCCAAAGCCAAUUCUCCCUCUUGACAAGAAUACAACUGCUAACUUGCCCCAGGCAUCUGGGGAAGAAACUCCUCACAGUGUUCCCCAACUGGACAGCGCCAUCCAGCACUCCUCUCCGAAUGUGGUGAGAAAGCACUCCACUUCUGUGAGCAUCAUGGGCUUUUCCAACACACUGGAGAUGGAACUGUCAUCUACCAGGCUGGGGAGGACCUUAGAGCCACAGAUCCAGAGUGCGAGCAGCCUGACAGCUGCCCCACCCCAGGUGGUACCAAGCCUGCUGAGUGGCCCCUCACCAACCGUGUCCAGCCUGGUGGGCGGUCAGAACCAGGCUAUGGCCAGCCUGACAGCCAGUCACCUGCCGACCAUGCCCAGCCUUGUGUGUGGCACACCCCACUCCAUGCCCAACCUGAUGAGUGAUCCCUCCCAGGCCAUCACAAGCCUGGCAAAUGAUCACUCUCAGACUGGGCCCAGCCUGAUGUCUGGUCCCACCCACACUGUACCAAGCCUGGCAACUUGUCCUCUGCAGAGCGUGCCUCCGGCUUCUAACAUGCAGUCGGAAACCGGAUCCAGCUGCAGUCCUGGCUCUGGCCGAAAUGCAGGGAGCCUGCACCCUGGGGAUGGGGCUGACCCCUCCCUGGGGAAUGCCUUGUGUAAGAUGGAAAGUGAGGAUUCUACCCGCUUCACUGACUCUCUGGGACAAGGCCCCACAGCCCCUGGUCCGGACACUUCCAAGGAUUUGGCUAUCCCCUCAGAACUGGAGGAGCCAAUUAACCUCUCUGUGAAAAAACCUGCACUGGUCCCAGUGGUCAGCAAAUCCGUGGCCCUGCAGCAGUACCGGAGCCCAGAAGAGUGUGAGAAUUUUGAACAAGGAGCCCUAGGCCUGGAUACAAAAGGGAACCAGAGCAUCAGACCCUUCAAUAGUGAGCCCAAGAUUCCCUAUGUGCGACUGGAGCGGCUCAAGAUCUGUGCUGCCUCCUCAGGAGAGAUGCCUGUGUUCAAGCUGAAGCCACAGAAGAAUGAGCAGGAUGGGAGCUUCCUGCUGAUCAUUGAAUGUGGUACUGAGUCCUCCAGCAUGUCCAUUAAGGUCAGCCAGGACCACCUGUCUGAUGCCAUCCAGGCCCCAAACCUGGGGGGUAGAAAGGUCACUGUCACAUCUCUGGCUGGGCAGCGGCCACCAGAAGUGGAGAGUGCAUCUCCUGAAGAACACAGGCUCAUUCCUCGACCCCCUGGAGCCAAGAAGGGACCCCCAGUACCAAUAGAGAAUGAGGAUUUCUGUGCUGUGUGCCUCAACGGGGGAGAGUUGCUGUGCUGUGACCGCUGCCCCAAAGUGUACCACCUUUCCUGCCACUUGCCAGCCUUGCUCAGCUUCCCAGGGGGAGAUUGGGUGUGUACCUUGUGCCGCAGCCUGAGCCAGCCUGAGAUGGAGUACGACUGCGAGAACGCCCGCUAUAACCAGCCUGGAGUGCGGGCCCCUCCUGGCCUGAGCGCGUAUGACCAGAAGAAGUGUGAGAAGCUGGUACUGUCCUUGUGCUGCAACAGCCUCAGCCUGCCCUUCCACGAGCCUGUCAGCCCGCUGGCCCGGCAUUACUACCAGAUUAUCAAGAGACCCAUGGACCUGUCGAUCAUCCGGAGGAAGCUGCAAAAGAAGGACCCAGCCCACUACACCACCCCGGAGGAGGUGGUAUCAGACGUCCGCCUCAUGUUCUGGAACUGUGCUAAGUUCAAUUACCCCGACUCAGAGGUUGCAGAGGCAGGCCGCUGCCUGGAAGUGUUCUUUGAGGGCUGGUUGAAGGAGAUCUACCCGGAGAAACGGUUUGCUCAGCCAAGGCAGGAGGACUCAGACUCUGAAGAGGUGUCUAGUGAGAGUGGGUAUUCCACUCCCCAGGGCUUUCCAUGGCCCCACUGCAUGCAGGAGGGCAUCCAGCCCAAGAGGCGGCGGCGACAUAUGGAGAAUGAAAGAGCAAAAAGAGUGUCGUUCCGCCUGGCCAACAGCAUCUCCCAGGUGUGAGGGCUGGAAGGAGACCAAGUACUCCGGCAGCUGGCGCCCCGUCCUGUUGACCACUCCUCCCCACCUUUCAGCUCAUUCUCUUUGGAUUGUGGAUGUGAGACAAGUCUUGUUGAGCUUGUAGUGCCCUUCUUUGCCGUUUGCAUCUUACAGCGUUUAUUUGGGAGCCGUAGUGCAUCCACUACAGAGAGUAAACAGCAAAGAGGGGGGUGUUCCCUAUUACCAGAACGAUCAGUCGUGUAGGGUCCACUUGACAAGACCAAGCCCAGUUAGGCUCGGAAGGACCAAACUUCCUUGGUGAAUUCUUUCUGCUGAGGAAGGCCGACAUUUCUCACCUUUCAGUGUGCAGGGCUCAGGAGCAAUGUAUAUAUCUGAACUCCUCCUGGGCCCAGAAGAGGGUAAAAGAAGGGAGAGAGGUUCUGACAUAUGGCAGGCCUGUGAUCCCUGGACCAGCACAGCCAAAGACUGUCACUGUUUGCCUUUGUUUGGCCUGCUCGGACAGAGGCACCUGCCCUGCACAGGGCAAUGAGGCUUCUAGAGGCCAUAGGUCUCAACUGGUGCCUAUUCGGGUUCUAACGGUUUUCAGGGUAUUUGUUUUUCAUGCCCCCUUUCCUGAUGCUGACUUAGGUGGCCGCUGUGAAGCUCUGGAUGGUGUGGCAUUCUUGAUGGGGCUGGGUGGCUGUGCAGAGACCACUUACAUCUUUAGGCUCCGAUUUCACUGGCAGGCUUAAGAAGAUGUUAACUUCAGAGCCUGCCAUCUGUGCCACUGCUUUGGUGUCAGAACCUGCUUCUUAGAAGUGAUUGUUGGCGGCCACCCCUUCAUUAUGUCCAUUCAGAGGUCCAGACCCUGAGUUCUGCUUGGGAAAACUAUGAGGAAGCUGCUGUCUGCUUCACAUACAGAGGUUCUAGGCCAAGGAGAAUGACCCACAACCAGCUCUCUCUGCUGGGUCUCUCCUCCUGCGUAGAGAUCCUAAUUCUCAGCUUCUCCACUUCACAGAGCCAAAGAUCAGAAGUGAGUCCUCUGACUCGCCUGCCCUCAGGCUGUCCACUGCCCAGAAAAAGCCAAGACUCUGCUGGCAGCCCUUUUUUUGCUGGAGGUUGGAGAAGGCCAGAGGGACCAGCAGGAGCCAGACCUAAGCAUUCGUGGAAGUUCUAUCUGGCGUGGAAAAGGGGAAAACUGAGAGGCGAGAAGGCUCUUUGGUGUCCUUUGGUGACCCUGAAGCAACUUCAGGCCUUUAUUUCUCCUAGAAUGCAGAGAGAAUUGUUCUGGAGGUCACAGGCAUGGGAGCGGAGCUCCAGGCUGCAUCUCGGAUGGAUUGGUGUGGUCUGUGCAAGGUGUUUGGGAGGAAAAGGCAUAGGCAGGUGCUGGGGGUCAGGCCACUUCACGAGCAAGGGCUUGGUUGAGAGGGAACCUAUUGCUGAUGUUGGCUUGGCCUGGGGACGGCUCUCCCUGGUCCUGUCAUGGCUUAGCUAAUUUCAAGGGAGCCAUAGGUCAUGGCUUUACUUUUGCUAAGAGACGCAGUUUAUUUGUAGGGCCCUUGUUAAUGGGAUAAUUUUGAUCAGAGAAAACAUUUCUUCUCUCCUGUGAGUGGAUGGAACUGCUCGUUUCUUUUCCACCCAGGCUGAGAGAGCAUCUUCACUUCAAAGCAGACUGUGCCCACUGACUUGCCAUUCUUUCACCAGCACAUGCCAAGCUCUCCUAAGCAGAUGAACUUCCAUAAUCCUGUUUUCUAGUUUGGGGUAACUAGGUCUUGAAUAAUCCAGUAGCCAGGCGAUCUUUGCAUGUAACCCUCUACUCUUUGGAGCUCACAUGACUUUACGGUUUGGGCUCUGACCACUUCCUUUUCAAUUUUCAAAUCUUUUUCUCUGUUUAGUUGGCUUGGCAAGGUUCUCUCUGUAAUUACCUCAUUAAUUCCUCCUCUUGGUCAUCUUUCCUUUGUGUGGCCCACCUUCACACCUUCUUUGAAUGAGCUUCACCAGUGUUUUGUGUUGGGCAGCUGGGUGAGGGCUAUGACAGGCUCAAACCCAACUGACAUCUUUCCCCAAGACCAGCUAGAAACCACAAAUAUGAAGGAAAAUACCUAGUUAAGUGCUUGGCUUCACUUCUAUCAGUGAAGUUCCCAGCUUGAGUGUAGCCUGCUGGGCCAGGGGACCUUAGUAAUGUGGUAGAGAGUCACAUAUUCCCUUCCCACUGCAGAGACCCUGCAUGCUGAGAAGCUCCCUUUAGGCACCUGAGCAGUGGGGGAGGGGUGGGAGGUAGGGUGUCCUUUCCUCCAAGGGUGUGAAGCCCGGCCCACCAUCCAUCUCUACGUUGGUUACCCCACAACAGUGCCCUCUCCCUGGCUUUUCCUGUGUACUUAGCACCAGUGUUUUAACUGCUGGUUUUGUUUUGUUUUUGCAUGCAGAAAACAACAUGAUGUUUCAGAAGUUGAACAAAAGGCUACUAGCUGAGUGACUGACUUCACUGGCUCUUUGCUAACAUUUGAGCUAAUCCCGUUUUUGACUUAUUCCCAUAAUGGCCCCAUUGUGGAGUCAGUUGAGUCCUUUGGUCAUUGACAAAGUCAUGAAAUGGAAAUACAAUGAAUUCUGGAUUCUUAUGGUACAGAAUGCAGUCCUAGAAGAGGAAUUGGGUUUCUUGGGUAUACUGAGAAACAGAAGAAUGGAGGGCUUCAGUUGAUGCAAAGGAGAUUUUAGUGCACUCUUCUAGAAAACGGGUAGGUUGGCCUUGCCUAACUUCCAGCAAUUGCCAACUACACACCCUGCCUGUCUUUGCAGGUACCCCCUCCCUAACAGCAGCCACCAGAUCCUCUGUAGGCUCUGCUCCACAGAAGACCCUACCAUCAACCCUGGCGGACUCUGGCUCUCUGUACCCAUUUCUGGCAACAGGUCUUUGCCUUGCCUCUAAGACCUACACCUCUCCUUGUUUGUUCCUGGGCUCUGCUCUGCUUUCUGUCUCACUCCAUGGUGUCACCUAUAGUCUUCUCUUCUGAACUCCUGAACUGAGACUUUGCUCUUUUUGGAUUACCAUCCCCUAUGCUUCCUCUUCUCCCACUCCUCCACUGCUAUUAAAUAAAUUGCUUGCUCCUUUAGCCCAGUUCCAAGACCUUAGCUUUCUGUUCUCCCAGUCUUUCAGCUUUCUCCUGGACUUCUUCCUCUCCUGAGCCUAAACCCAUGGCCCAGGACACACUGAUGGUUUUGUCAGCAUCCUGAACUUCCUCAUCUCCUCCAACUCUUGCUGAAACUAUCAACCAUUCUCCAUUUUCUGCAUCAACCUAUUUUUUGCUCCCUUUUUCUGGGCUCCUAAGCAUGAAAAAUUCAGAGUUGACAGUCUCAGUUGGGCUCUCAGUAUUGAUUGGUGUGUCUCUGACUUGUUACUACUCUGCUUUCUAUCCAUGCCCUUCAUCUUUGCUGUCAGCAAAUGACUGGCCUCAUUGCCCGCUUCACAGAAGAGAGGCCCUAAAGCAAAAACUUGGCUGUCCGUAUGCUCCUCUCCCCCUCCCAUCCCUCUGUGUCUGUAUCCCUCCUCAGCGCCUUUCCAGUUGCUCCUGUUUGGUGCUCUAUUCUUGAAUCCUGCUCUAUGUCUUCCAAGACUUUGCUCCAUUGCAUAUCCCACAGCUCCCAUUUUCCAGGGUCUUCAAACUCCCUCUCCAUUGGUUACCUCCACAUAGCUUACAAACAAACAAAGUUCUCCCCAAGAUUAAAACAGAAUUUCUUAGAGUCUGUUGCACUUACAGUUUUUUCCUCAAUAGCCAAGUUUCUUUAAAAAAAAAAUCUGUUCACUGAUUUCUUCUUCAUCACUUUCCAAUCCUCUAUAGAUUUUCAUAAAAGUCACCAGUGACCACCCAGUUGCCAAAUCAAGUGAAUACCUUUCUGUCCUCAACUGUCUUGAACUCUCUACAGCAUUUCACAUCGUCUGCCACUUGCUGUUUGAAAAACCCUCUUCACCUGGCUUUCAUGACUCCACAAUUCUCUGGAUUCCUCUUACCUUUCAGCCACACAGGCUGAGCCUUCCUUGAAAUACUGACAGGGGGACACAUCUGCAGCUUUCUGUGGUCUCUCCUCUUCAGGAGUAGGAUAGGCAGGAGGGAGCACAGCUGCCCCUGCUCCCUGCCCUCUGUGUCUGCCUGUUCUCUUUGAGUUCAUUUCUUCUCCUGGACUCAGUUCUCCUCAUGCCAAGCAUGUGUAUGAGCUCUGCUGGGAGGACACCAUCUGUGAUUCUUUCUGUCCGUCUCUCCCAGUGCAGCACAGAGACAGAUUUUAGCCAUGUUUGCUAAGAGGCCCUAUAUAAAUCAGCCCAAGAAUGUGGAUUGGAUCUUACCAAGAAGGAAUUUGGUGAGCUGGAUUACCCAGCUGGUGGGCAGCUCAGCACCAGGAUCCUCAUGCCAGUUAGAGCCUGCCUUGGUCGGUAAGGUCUUGGAAUCUCGGUAAGCAUGUUUCCAUGCAUGGUUCAGUUCUGCUAGCCAGGAGGAGAAUCCUGGCAGGGGUGGGUGUCUGCCACUGAUAACAUUCUGAUGGAGGGAAACUGGGCAGUGCUGUGAUUCAUCACUUGCUUGGGGUUCAGCUGGGGUCAGCCUGGCCCCUUUAGCCGGAUCUUUCCCGUCUGUUCUGGUCACCACCACCUGCUUGCUCCAGUUGUUCCUGGAGCUAGAGGCAGAUGCCGGUGGUUUUCUUGGAGGCAGGAGGGUAUGGUAGAAAGAUAUCUGAUUUGAGAUGCUGAACAUCAAAAUUUUGGCUCUGCCAGUUGUGAACUGUGUGACCUUGGGUACAGUUUCCCCAUCUAUAAAGUUGUGGGGAGGAAGGAUGGUGAAAACUGUGCCCUCUCAGAGGCUCUACAGCUCUAAAGAUGGUAAUGGUGAUUCUAAUUCUAAAGCUCAGGCCACACAGGGAACAAGGGAACACUGGAGCAGUUCACAGCUAGGGAGUCUUGACCAAGGCAGGGCAAAGGGACUCACAGGCCAAAAUGAGCUGCUUUGAGGAAAGUCUUUAGUAGCUGGUGCUGCUUCUGGAGCCAUAUACCCAUUCCUCAAACUGCACCCCUUCGUUGGCUAUGUAGGGCGAGUUCCUCCUAGGCCUUUUCUAGAAGUGGCCAUUGGAUCCAAAGUGGUUGGGGGCAUGAGGGAGGAACAUGAUAAGGGGAAGUGUCACUGAUCUUAAUAGGACCUACACAUUCUAGAACAAAUUAAAAGAUAGCACUUUUCUUUACCAGUAAUUGUGUCCUGGAGUGUUUUUUGAGUGGAGAUGGUUGAACAUGCUUCAUGGUCUUCUCACCCCCAGACUCCAACAUCGUUAAGACACAAGGUGGGGAAGAGUAGAUUGGGUAGCUUUCUCUCUAGGGAAGAACUCAGCUCUCUGCUUCUUAUUGCAUGAACACAUCCUGUUCUUUAAAAUACAGGCAGCAAGUCUGAAGGAGAGUUAGGGGGAAAAGCAUCUUAAGAAUGCUGUGGCUGAUAGCUUAAUCCUUGUCCAACUGGGUGGUGAGCAAUGCUCUUUGUUCUUCUUUGUUUGCAAGGGGAAGUAUCUCUUUCAGAAGUUUUCAGACUAAUAAUGGAAGGGUUGGUAAACUGGAAUAUCACCAUUUUCCAACCCCCAGUGAAUGAAUGGAUCUAGGCAGUGACCAUCCAAGGUGUCCCAUAUCACAGAGACGUCCAGACAUUACGUGUCUCCUGAUACACAACAUCAUCUAUGAAGUGUUUCCAAACAAAUAGAAUCUGAAUCUAAUCAAGUCUCUAGAUUUAACUACCAAUUUACAGAUGUAGUUCCCAAUUGAGAGGAAAAGCAAAGAACAGAGGAACAUUUAAAAUGACAUCACAAGGAUACAAUCAGUAAAAUCCAGUCUGUGAGCAAUGACAGAACAAAUGACCUGGUUUCUUCAGCAAAUGUAUUGCAAGGAAAAAAAAAAAAGAGAUGGGGGGGAAACCUACAGACUAAAGAGACUUAAAAAAGCAUAUAAAACAAUUGCAAAGUAUGGAACUUAUUUGCAUCCUGGUUUAAAGAAUAUUAUGAGAUGAUUGGGAAAAGAUGAAAACUCAGGAUAUUUGAUGAUAUUAGGAUUUAUUAUUUUUAGUGUUAUUAUUACUUUUUAUCUUUAAUUUUUAUGUUACUUUUUAGGUAUGAUCAAGAUUUGUAAUGGUAGAAUAUUAGAAACAAUGAAAAGCCUAUAGAAGAUGGUUAAAUAAUUAAUAUGAUAUAAUUAAAAAUGAUAUUUAAAGAGUCUAUAGGCAUACUUGAACCGAGACAAAGACUCUCAAAGCCUUUGUUUGAAUUAGGAAUCCAACAGAGUCAGAAGAUACAUAAAGGGAGAAAGAAGUUCUAAACUUCUUCUGGCUUGAGAAACCUCUCGAGUAUUUCAGAAAAUAGAGAUAUCAUUUAAAAUAAUUAUCGAGCUCAUUUGAAAAGACAUUAUUGGGACAAGUGGGGAGAUUUUAAUACGGGCUGAUAAUUUGUAUUAAUAUUAAGCUUCCUGAGAGCGAUACUUUGAGCUGUGGUUACAGAGGAAAAAGGCCUUGUUUUUAGGUGGUGCGUGCUAAAGUGUUUAGGGACAAAGGAUCAUGAUGUCUGCAACUAACUCUCAGGGGUAGAAAAACUACAUAUUACGUUAUUAGAGAGAGGUAAAACAGAUGUGGCCAAAAGUUAACAAUUGGUAAAUCUAGAUGAAGGGGACAUGGAUGUUUAUUGAACUGUUCUUGGGAGGGAAAAAGAGCAAAUAAUUUUAACAAAUGGAAUAUGAGGCAUGCAAUGUUUGCAUCUAGAAUAACAACAUGGAAAAUAAUUAGGAGAUGAUGCUAAAUUGAAAAAAGCAAAACAGAAUUAUAUGUAAAAUAAAAGAAAAAAGAUACAAAUACAAAUAUAUAAAAUGUUAUUAUCCUAAAAUAUAUUAGGGUGGUAGCAUUAUGCAUAAUUUUUCUUUUUCCCAAACUUUGGUGUUAAAAUGCUGUACUGCUUUUAUACUUAUACAAAUACUUUUAUAUGUAUUUUUAAACUUUUAUCAUGGUAUAUUUCAAAUAUCAUAUUUUAUGUCUUAGCCAAAACCCCUCUUCCGAGAGUUUUUCCUAACUACCCAAUCUAAAGUGGACCCCAGGCACUCGCUCUCACAAUCUUGUUUUAUUGUCAGCAUAGCACUUACUACUAUGUGUAUUUAUCCAUUUCCUUAAUUUGUUUUCUUACAUUGUCUAGGUCACCCCUCAUAUGGUGUAAGCUCCCUGAAAGCAGAAAUCUUGCCCAGAUCCUAGAACAGUGCCUGUAGUUGCUCAACAAAUAUUUGUUGAAUGAAUGAAUGAAAUCAGGUCUUUGUCAUCCAACUUCCCAUUUUACUGGGAACACUGAAGUCUUGAGAAGGGGAAGGACUUGUCCCAGUUUCCUCAUGAGUUGGUGGCGAUGUCAGAGCUAGAACUCAAGCCUUGUGACUCAAGUCUCAAAAAGCUCUUCUUUCAAAAUGUCUAAGGCCAAAAAAGCUCCUGGGCACCAGACAAGUGGCAGGAGUGAGGGAGGAUCCACAGCCCAUUCCCUUUGUUGCAGUGUGCCAGAAGCCCCAUAGGUGGCGCCAGCGGUGCUCAUUUAGCUCUCUGGCAAAGUCAGGAAAGUGUGCAAGGGAGACAUUUUGAUGAGGAGCGGGAUAUUUGCACAGCCUUAAAUUGCCUUUCUACCGAUGGCUCAUUAGUUGUGAGGGAGAAAAAAAUGCACAGUAAUUAAACAGAGGAGAAAUAAGACAACUCCUUGACUGUGUGAUCAAAAUAACGUCACCAGUGAGGCACAGGUGGACACGUGCAUCUGGAAGUGAUACCCUGAGAAGGACACAACAUCACCCAUCCAAUAUCGCAGCCUAGAAUGCAUACUCUGAACCUAAUUAUGGAGAAACAUCAGACAAACCCAAAAUGAGGAACGUUAUGUUAAAGUCAGGGGAUAGGGGGCUGGAUUUUAAAAAAAUGUCUAUGUCACUAAGACAAAGAAAAGCUAUGAAAAUGUUCCACAUUAAAAAAGGCUAAAGACACAUGACAACUAAAUGCAAUAUCCAGGACUAAACUGGGUCCUGUAGUGGAAGGGGGGAAGUGCUUCAAGGACAUCAUUGGGUCCACUGACAAAAUUGGAAUAUGGACAGUAGAUUACAGUAUUUUAUCAAUGCUAAAUAUACUACAAUUGAUAACUGUGCUGUGGUUAUAUAAUAAAUUACCCUUUUUUUAGGGAGUAUGCACUGGAGUAUUUAGGAGUAAAAGGCCAUAGUGUAUGUAACUUACAUUCAAAUGGUGCAAAAAAAUUUUUUUUUAAUAAUUUAAAUAUGUAAAUAUAUAUUUUA